UUCCUGGAGAGCGAGAAAGAAAGCAGUAACAAACACUGGCCCAUUCGUUGGUGAAAAAAUCGCAAUAAAACGCAAAUAUGCGUCAUUGAUAUUUUCCACGGUUAUCAAUCGUAAAAGCCAAUAAGGACAACGGUACGAAAUGGCGACUGGGGGUGGUGGUAUCGGCCCACCGUCCAAUCUUGAAGGACGAGCAUCAAAUUUCGCACAUUCUGGAGCGGGAAGAAAUGCUGGAGUGGCCUCGAAUAUGCCAGUCCCCGUGGUCGCAGCACCAAUCUCACCCCCGUCGGGUGGCCUUCACCGGGAGCCUAUGUACAACUGGCAGGCCACGAAGAGCUCAGUAAAAGAGCGCUUCGCGUUUCUCUUCAAUAACGAACUGCUCAGUGACGUUAGGUUUAUUGUCGGUAAAGGUAGACAGGCGCAGAGGAUACCAGCGCAUAAAUUCGUCCUAGCUGCUGGUAGUGCAGUAUUUGACGCCAUGUUCAACGGGGGAAUGGCCACCACCUCGGCCGAGAUAGAGUUACCUGAUGUGGAACCUGCAGCCUUCCUGGCCUUGCUAAGGUUCCUGUACUCUGACGAGGUCCACAUAGGACCAGAGACGGUGAUGACCACUCUGUACACGGCGAAGAAAUAUGCCGUUCCUGCUCUAGAGACUCAGUGUGUGGAGUUCCUUACCAAACACCUCAGGGCAGACAACGCAUUCAUGCUGCUCACUCAGGCCAGACUAUUCGAUGAGCCUCAGCUUGCCAGCCUCUGUUUGGAAACAAUAGACAAAAGCACCGGUGAUGCCAUAAACGCAGAAGGAUUCACUGACAUUGACCUAGAUACGCUGUGUGCAGUGCUGGAGAGAGACACCCUGGGGAUUCGCGAAAACCGUCUAUUUGGUGCGGUGGUGCGCUGGGCGGAUGCCGAGUGUUACAGGCAACAGCUUCCCCUCACCUCUGAGAACAAACAGAAGGUUCUGGGCAAGGCCCUAACCCUCAUCCGCUUCCCACUCAUGACUGUGGAGGAGUUUGCUGCGGGGCCUGCCCAGUCUGGAAUAUUGUUCGAUCGGGAGGUGGUAAAUCUGUUUUUACACUUUACAGUAAACCCCAAGCCGCGGGUAGACUACAUUGACAGGCCCCGCUGCUGCCUCCGAGGAAAGGAGGGCAGCAUUAGUAGGUUCCAGCAGGUUGAAAGUCGCUGGGGAUACAGUGGCACCAGUGACAGGAUCAGAUUUAAUGUAAAUAGAAGAAUAUCAGUGGUGGGGUUCGGACUGUAUGGCUCGAUCCACGGACCUACGGACUAUCAGGUUAAUAUACAGAUUAUUGAGAGUGACAAAAGCCUAACGCUAGCAACUAACGACACGGGCUUCAGCUGUGACGGAACAGCCAACACGUUCAGAGUCAUGUUCAAGGAGCCUGUGGAGAUUUUACCCAAUGUUAGCUACACCGCUUGUGCAACCUUAAAGGGCCCGGACUCUCACUACGGCACUAAAGGGUUAAAGAAAGUGAGCCAGGAGUCCGCCACGGGGACCAAGACCACCUUUUUCUUUUUCAGCUCUCCUGGGAACAACAACGGCACGUCAGUGGAGGACGGACAGAUCCCAGAGAUCAUCUACUACACCUAGACACCUCCUCACCACACCUGGGUCCUGUAGAACCUGGGGCGGUCCACACCUGGGUCCUGUAGAACCUGGGGCGGUCCACACCUGGGUCCUGUAGAACCUGGGGCGGUCCACACCUGGGUCCUGUAGAACCUGGGGCGGUCCUACCUGGACUCGUCCGUGAAACAUUUUUGCAUUUUGGUUUCCGUUGCAGCACUUAAAAAAAAAUUGUUUUCCGUUGCUUGCACUAUUAAACAUGACUCCCUAGUAACCACGACUGGGUUCUGUUCAGUAGGCAAACUUGGAAUGUUGCAGCUAGAAACGUCACGAAUAGAGAUGACGUGAUGCCUCAUUGCGGCAUGUUUUUUCUAGAUAAUGUAUUUCUAUCUGAACGUUCCGCAAUGUUGUGCCAUGCUGAUCAAUGCCCUGGAUCAGGUAGACACCAUCUACAACACCUAAACCAGGUGGCCAUGUUCUGUAGGCAUAGAAUGGAGGAAAAUGGAGUGCGACAGGGAGGUACUACCUGAACUUGUCCAAUAAGAAGCACUUAUUUUCUGUUACAAAAUGUUUUGCUAUGGUGUGCUCUAAUGAGCACUGCCUAUGAGGUUGGGUAAGCCUGAGAGUGGAAUGGAAUGGCAGACUUCAGGAAGGUUUGUAGCCUGGUCCCAGAUCUGUUUGUGCUCUGGCUGAGUCCAUUGCUGUCGUUGUCCAAGACGAUUCCAUAAGGAGUUGGCAAGAGGGCAGAAACAGACCGACAGACACUCGGGUUAGAGGGAUUGUGCCUUCUGCUGUUCAGGAAUGGAUACAAAGACUUUCGGAAACCAAAAGGAGUGGAGUGGUGUAGGUCUAGUCUGCUGGUUUGUGAACUCGGAUGUGUGCGAGACCAGUGGAGGCUGGUGGGAGGAACUAUAGGAGGACGGGCUCAUUGUAAUGGCUGGAACGGAAUAAAGGGUAAGGAGUCAAUGUGGUUUCCAUAUGUUUGAUACCGUUAAAUGUAUUCCAUUCCAGCCAUUACAGUGAGCCUGUCCUCCUAUAGCUCCUCCCACCAGCCUCCACUGUGUCAGACAUUUGAGGUAAUAGAACUGGAACUCUAAAUGGUUUGUUACAUGUAGAGAUGUAUAAUAGGACUGUGGACUGGCUGGAAUCCGGGUGAUGGUAGACAAUGACACAGUUGGAAAUGUUCUAUCUUCUACUGGCUUUUUGUGGUCCGUACCUUCAUCAGGGAAUCACCCACUACAGUGCUGUUGUCUGGAGUGUUUUCACUAGACACUGAAACGGGAAGGGACUACCUGGACUUGUCCAGUAAGAAACUCGUUUUCAUUGCAAAACGUUUAGCUAUGGUGUGCACUUAUGAAUACACCCCAUGUAGUGUAAAAUCGCAGAGUGCCCUUCACCGUUCGAUCAAUGUCAUUUCGUAGUUUGAAUGCUGACGUGGAAAAAGUUCCACCAUUUUCGUGCAUAACCUUCAUUGAUUAUAUUUGCAGGUGGGAUUUUUCAUGUGCAAAUAAAAUCUUAACUAGUGACGUCUGAGUAUUUGUGCGUAUGUGAAAGUUUGCCAAUGUAUGUUACAUGCUUUAAUUUGUUUCCUUAGCACGUUAUCUAAGAGUAAGACAGGAUAAUAUUGUGACUGUUAAUUGCUGAAACAAGUGGAAAUGUAUAUUUUUAUCUCUCUGCAAUAAAGUAUGUUGACACCAAUGA